CGCAGCCUUGGUAGCCGAGGUAAUGCGCACACGCCAGUGCGCGUAAACCUUUUUGGUUUUAGACCUCGGCACAGGAGCGGUAAACAUGCAAAUGGGAUUCUGCUGAGAGUCUCCUUUUUGGAAUAAUGAAUGUAACUCUCUACCUUCUGACAUUUGCUCACUGGAUUUGCGUAGCAGCCGCAGCGGAACGCGUCUCUUUGCUUCUUCAGGAGGGAAUCAGCUCGGGACGCAGGACUUGCAGGCUGUACUGCAGGGUCGGCAUCGGCUUCCACCUCCAGAUUCAUCCCGAUGGCAAAGUGAACGGCAGCCAUGAGCCAAACCAGCUGAGUGUUCUGGAGCUGUUUGCGAUUUCUCAGGGUGUCAUCGGCAUCAAAGGGGUUUACAGCAACAGAUUCCUGGCCAUGAACAAAAGAGGAUGGCUUCACGCCACCAAAUGGUUUUCUGAUGACUGCAAGUUCAGAGAGCGUUUCCAGGAGAACAGUUACAACACCUAUGCCUCUGUUAUCCACAUGAACCAAAGGACUGGUCGAGAGUGGUACGUUGCCCUCAAUAAGAGGGGCAAAGCUAAAAUGGGUUCCAGUCCACGGGUCAAAUCCCAGCACGUCUCCACCCACUUCUUACCCCGGGCCACCCUGCAUGACUCAAGCCAAACAGGCUUCACCAUAGCAGAAAGGACCAAAGAGAGGGGGAAAGCGCUGCCACCAUCAUCCCCCAAACCCCCACCUGUGAGGACAAAAGUUCCACAAGCAACAGUUCAGAGACACAGACAAAUAAAAUACUGGCCCAAGUACAGGUUUGGAUAAUGUUUUCAAAGGCUGGACAAAAAAUGGACAAAUAUUAUUUCUGAUGUUUAAAUCAUUCCAGAAUUCUGUGAACCAUGAAAAAAACUAAACAAAGGGCUGACAGGAACACUUGCUUAACUAACGCUUGUCACAUCUGUUACUAUAGCUCUGUGAACUUGAAUCUGUGUAUGUUCUGUUUUAUGUCAUUGGUCACGUUCUGUUAACCGUACUAUGAAAGCUGCAUU